AUGUCUUCUCCUUUGUUGUUGUUGCAGAAGAAGGACGGAAGCGUAGUCGAAGCAAAACAAGAAGAUUUUCAUCGGUAUACUACCAAGCGAUGGCUGGGCAACGACGCUGAGGAAAGGUCGAAGCGGUACCGUGACUUCAAUCUUGAAGCGCUUAUCGCUGCCGCCACGCGAUCGAGUAGGACAAAUACAAAACAAUGCACCCAGAUCAUGAAAUAUCUAGAAGGACAGUACAGCAAGACCUUCCUUUUGACUUUCGAUGACAAGUCCGAGGUGGUCGUGAAGCUGCCAAACCCAAACGCCGGACCAGCUAUUUUUACCAUCGCCAGUGAGGUCGCGACGAUGGAAUUUGUACGUCGUAUUAUAGGUAUACCAGUUCCGCGGGUUCUUGAUUGGAGCUGCGACCGAUUCAAUUCCGUCGGGUGCGAAUACAUUAUCAUGGAAAAAGCAAAGGGUGUUCCGCUUGCCAAAUCGUGGUAUCGGCUUCCUUCCUCAAGUAAACACAACUUCAUAAGGCAGGUUGUUGAGAUGGAGGCGGAACUAGCAUCUGUUCCAUUUCCCGCGCACGGAUGCGUAUAUCGCAAGCAUGACCUGCCAUCAGAAUAUUCGCAGAAUCAAAUUUCGUUCGAUGAAAACAACCUACACGAGUUCUGCAUUGGCCCUGUUAUAGAUCCAGUGUUUUGGUCGGACUGCCGUUCCGAAUUACAGUUGUCUCGAGGUCCUUGGCGCGAUAUCUCCCAUUACGCGAGGAGCUUAGGGGAAAAUGAGAAAUACUGGGCCGAUCGAUAUGCUCAACCACGUAUAAAUUAUUACCGGAGUAACACCGAUGCCGAGAACCCCAGCGAAUAUCUUGCGCUCAUCGAGAAAUACCUGCUUGUUGCUCCUUUCAUCACUAAAUUGCAAGUGGAUUCCCAUGACAUCCUGCAGCCUACACUGUGGCAUUCUGACCUCCACCUAAAUAACAUAUAUGUCGACCUCGAGACUGAAACUAUCACAGACAUAAUAGAUUGGCAGAACACGACGACGGCUCCGCUGAUCUUCCAGGCCAAGAUACCACGAAUGGCUCGACAUGUUAGCCCACUCCCAUUGGGCUGGCAUAUGCCUGAGAAGCCGGAGAACCACGACGACCUGCCCCAGGAUGCCAAGUUAAAAGCGGACGAGCUAUAUCAGAGCGCUCUGUGCCACAAGUACUACGAAGUGGUUACCGCGAAGAAGAACCCACGGCAUUAUGCCGCAUUACUCCACAAUGACGGAUGGAAAGCGCCUCUUGUCCGACCUAUCAAAGCGAUUGGCGGUGCUUGGUCAUCGAGGGAAGUCUUUGGCCUCCGCGCCUCGCUUCUGGAAGUCGUGGAUCAUUGGCCUGAUUUAGACACACAGAUCGACUGUCCGAUCAGUUUCACGGCGGAGGAAACAGACUUGCACCACGAGGAGCUGGAAAAUCGCGAGUACGUUGAACAGCUGAUGGAGCAGUUCCAGGAAGCUGGAAUCUUGCCAAUCGACGGGGUCGCCGACCCCGAAGACUACGAAAUUCUGCAGCGCACGAAUAUUAUACAGAAAUCAAGCUUCCUGUCGCUAGCAGAGAGCGAGGAGGAGAAGAUGUGGAUGGACAAGAUCUGGCCGUACCAAGACCGCCCGCAAGAUGCUUGA